AGCUCCCUAGCCUGUGCCAGCACGCCGAGCCUUAGCGCCCACAUAGAGCUCUGGUCUCCAUCCUGUGUCCGGCCCCGGCAGUGCUUCCUAGUGCAAGCUCCAGGCUCCGCAAGACCCGCGGGCCUCCAGGAUGCAGACACCGCACAAGGAGCACCUGUACAAGCUGCUGGUGAUCGGUGACCUAGGUGUGGGCAAGACCAGCAUCAUCAAGCGCUAUGUGCACCAAAACUUCUCCUCGCACUACCGGGCCACCAUUGGUGUGGACUUCGCGCUGAAGGUGCUCCACUGGGACCCCGAGACGGUGGUGCGCCUGCAGCUCUGGGACAUUGCAGGUCAAGAAAGAUUUGGAAACAUGACAAGAGUCUAUUACCGAGAAGCUAUGGGGGCUUUUAUUGUUUUUGAUGUUACCAGACCAGCCACGUUUGAAGCUGUGGCAAAGUGGAAAAAUGAUUUGGACUCAAAGUUAACUCUCCCUAAUGGUAAGCCAGUGUCAGUGGUUUUGUUGGCCAACAAAUGUGACCAAGGGAAGGAUGUGCUUGUGAACAAUGGACUCAAGAUGGACCAGUUCUGCAAGGAGCAUGGCUUCGUAGGAUGGUUUGAAACAUCAGCCAAGGAAAACAUAAACAUUGAUGAAGCCUCAAGAUGCCUGGUCAAGCACAUACUUGCAAAUGAGUGUGACCUCAUAGAAUCUAUAGAACCGGACAUUGUGAAGCCCCAUCUCACAUCAACCAAGGUUGUCAGCUGUUCUGGCUGUGCCAAAUCCUAGAAGGCUCCUCUCCUGGAAAAUGACAGAAAAAAAAAAAAACAAAAACAAAAACUGUGGUCCUCAUGAAUUGUGCCUCAGUUUUUCCUUAUUACCAUUUUGGGUAAGCAUCAGGAUAGGGAAGCACAUGUGACAAGCCAAAGAUAUAUGACUGUAUGCUUCCCGUCAAAGAGGAACAGCAAAUGUUCUUUAUGUGUUUUCCCGCACCGUCAGCACAGUGUUUACAAGCUUUUAAAAUAUUAGUCUGUUGCAAUAUGCUGUUUUAUCACUGAGCAAAGUCACUCAGGGACACAGGCAGCCCUGAUAUUCAUUCCUUUAAAUCAACAAAGGCUCUGGUCUUCUUGAGAAGGGCAAUAACAGAGCAAGACAGAGGUCAAGCUAAGUGUGGGGAUUUGUCUUGCCCUGAUGUGUCUUUGUUCAGGUAUCAAUUUGUUCUCGGGUGGUCUGAUAGGUCGAUUAAAUAGAAACGCUAUUUUCUCCAUUCAUGGCAGACCUAAGGGUUGUCUGUGAUGUUUCUCUUCAGAGUCGUGUGCACAGGCAGCCUGGGCUUUUGUUGUCACUUGCUGUGCCCUGAAUGCUGGUUUAACUGAAAACUGUAUGGAAAGAUGUGCUCCCUGUAUGUGCCUUUCUUUCAGCUUCCUCUGACUCAAGCUGCGGGACUGCUCUGUCCAUGUAAGAUAUAUUAUAUAUAUAUAUUUUUCACAAGUGAAAAAUAAAACAUUAAAAAUGCUGUUUCCCUAUU